AUGUCCGGGUUGACCGUCGGUCGAGGCCCUGGCGUGCGACCGACUCAACCCGCUGCAGGAUACAAUUCCGCCGACGCCGACCGGUCUUCCGCCUCCCAUUUCCCCCCUCCUACCUCUCAGCUCUCCGACGAUUUCUCCUUCGGUUCUCCUCUCAGCCCCCCGGAUUCAUCCCAUGUUCAGGAAGGCCUGCUUCAGGACUCGUUGUUCCCGGAAUGGAAGUCCGGUGCCCCGCGGGGCGGGAUCGACAGUCCGGAUGAGAUGCAAAGGAAAGAUCCGUUGGCGACUCAAAUAUGGAAGCUCUACUCUAGGACCAAAGCCCAGUUACCCAACCAGGAGCGCAUGGAAAACUUGACCUGGCGAAUGAUGGCGAUGAGCUUAAAGCGCAAGGAACAAGAGCGUAUCCAGCAGUCGAGGUUGCGCUCGCGAACCAACAGCAUCUCUACCCCCAGUGGUAUUGCCCAGCUACGCAUUUCCGACCGAACCCCGGCCAACGUUUCGUUCUCUACUACCGACUUCACCUCCGAUCCCAUGAACCUGGAUGAUUUUAUCAUACCCUUUGAAUCUCCCUCCGAUCACCCAUCGCCAUCUAUCACUAAGGCAUCCGAGCCGACGGCAUCUGCAGCGAUCCCCAUCAAAUCUCGUAGGGACCAGACGGCUGAAUCGACGCCCGUGCCCGCUUCGUUCCACCACCCGGCGCAGGAUCAGCGCAAGAACAGCGAAUUUGGCUACGUGCCGCGUCGCGUACGCAAGACGAGUAUCGAUGAGCGUCAGUUCUUCGGGUUACAGGUUCCCACGCGCAAACGACCGGCCGAAUCGUCUCCUCAGGUACCUCCCGUGUCCAACGCCAUGUUGGCGCACGAUCCGGACCUCGCCGGCGGUGUUCCCGAUUACGCAUUGGAUACGUCAUCCACGGCAUUUGGCCUGCAUCAGGGCAACCCGCAUGCGUCGGGCCAUGCCAGCCACACCUCACCGGGCAUGCCGUUCGCCCUGGAUACCUUCAGCCUCGGCGAAGACCCCAUCCUUGCUUCGGCCGGUCCAUAUCAAACUCAUUUCACCUUCUCCCCCAGCGAGUCGCCGAUGACCUCGGGCAACCCGUUCACGACCCUGUAUGCGCAAACGCCCGUGGCGUCAUCGCUCAACUCGACCGACUUCUUUUCGCCGCCUCCCUCGGGGUACCAGUCGACCGCGUCGACGCCGCAACCGGUCUACGAUGGUGAGCAUUCCAUGUACUUUGAUAUGUCGACGACGGUAGAUGCGCGCACGCAGCGACGGAUUCCCAACUACGUCUCACACCGGUCAAACCUGUCAGCUUCGUUGCAGCCGCGAUAUCUUCUGAACCAGCAUGAACAGCCGCAGCCUCAGCAGCAACCGACCAACGUGUCCACGGUGCAUUCUCCCAGCUACCCGGUGCCGCAUGUCGAUCCGUCGCAGGUGUUGGGUCCGGCCGAUUUCCCGACCGCCUCGCAUGGGAACAUGUUCACAUUUGGUGCCGAUUCCGACAACGAAGAUGACGAGGGUCGUCCCUUCUCGGAUCGUGCGGGCUUGGCCAUGCCGGCGGAAUUCGGCGACGACGGAGAUUUGAACUCAGGGAUGCAGUGGGAUACGCAGUUCCCCAAUUCAUUCCAUUCGCUGCCAGGAUUCGGGGCACAGCACCGCAAGCAUGUCACGAUCGGGUCUGCGGAUAUGAUGGAUGCGCCCGGUGAGUGGCACCAGAGCGGCAGUCUGGGUCGUACACACGGUUCGGCGGCGUCAGUCAGUGAGGUGCGCAAUCGGGAGCAGGAUCCUCGCCGACAGAAGAUCGCGCGCACGACGUCGACGCCGAACACGGUCCAGCUCCUGCGACAGAGCAUGCACCCGGCGAACCACUCGCACACCUCGCCCAACACCCCGCCCGAGUCCGGACUGAGUAGUGCGGCGCCGUCGCGACCGGCGAGCCCAAGCGGCACGAAGAGCGGGGAGGCGGGCAACGCAGGGCCGACAACGUGCACCAACUGCUUCACGCAGACGACACCGCUGUGGCGGCGGAACCCCGAGGGCCAGCCGCUGUGCAACGCGUGUGGGUUGUUCUUGAAGCUGCACGGGGUGGUGCGACCGCUGUCGUUGAAGACGGACGUGAUCAAGAAACGGAACCGCAGCAGCGCCAACAGCCUGGCAGUGGGUGCGUCGCGGUCGUCGAAGAAAUCAUCACGCAAGAACUCGGUGCAGCAGGCGGUACCGAUGUCGACGCCGACGUCCAGCCGGGCGCACAACGGGACGACAUCGGAGUCACCACCGGCCGUGACCAGCGGCUCGAGCCGAGCGCCGGGGGUGGUAGCCAUUGCAGCGGCGCCGCCCAAGGUGGCGUCUAGCUCGGGGCCUAUGGGAGCUCGUGCCAGCGUGGCGGCAGCAACGAAGCGACAGCGACGAUUGGAGAAGGCAAUGGAGGAGAGCGAGGAAACGAAGACAGGACGAUCCAAGGUGGUACCGUUGGCACCAGCGAUGCCACCAGCGGCAGUCAACCCAGCCAAUCAUAGUAUAGCUGGAGGACAGGGGGCGAGUCAAGAGUGGGAAUGGUUAACGAUGAAUGCACAACCCGCCAUCCGAGCAAACGUGCUCAAACUCCUCCGCGUCCUACCCCCGGGUGAUAUAGCAGACCACAUCCCUUCGAUCCUCCCGUAUCUCCGAGCAGGAUUGACGCAUCUAGCGCCGGACGUGAGAAUCUCCUCGUUGGAUAUAUUGGAUUAUUUGCUCUCUGUGGCGGGGGAGGAGGUAGUCUCUUGCGGGGGCGGGUGGGUGAAGGUAUUGAGUUGUUUGGUUGUUUUGGUGGGGUGGUAUGCACCCUCUUCUGGGGUUGGAUCCGGAGUUGGGAGGAGGGUGGAAUUAGGGAAGGUAGGCAGGGAAGGGAAGGGGUUGAUUAGGGGGGUGGUUGUUCUAGGACGUUUUCUUGAAUCGGGCCUUGAGGAUCAUGAUCAGGAUCAGGAUCAGGAUGGUAUUCAUGAAGAAGGAGGAUUCCCGAUUCUAUCAUCUCGAAUUCCCUCCUCCGCGCAACCCUUCGCAUACCUGAAUCUAUUCGCUCCACCUCGCGACCAAGACAGUGAAAUGUACGAGACCGUCGAGGAUAGACGUCGCGUUUUUGUUGAGAGGUUUCUACCCGCCGUAAGAGUCGGUGUUGAACGUGCUAGACAGGAGGGUGAGUAA